AGUUAUAAAAUGAUAGUCUUAUAUACAAUUAUCACUUUCAUACUUGUUGUUUUGUGUUCAUUAUAUUACUAUUUAACUAAGAAUCAUGAUUAUUGGAAAAAGAGAAAAGUGCCCUAUUUAAAACCUUCGUUAUUGUUCGGAAAUUAUAAGGACUAUAUUUUAUUCAGAAAAAAUUUGCCAAAUGUCGCGCAAGAUAUUUGCCGAAAAUUUCCGAAUGAGCCCUACGUUGGAGUUUUCUACGGCACGGAUCCCGCUCUCAUCAUCAAAGAUCCUAACCUCAUCAAACUUGUGAUGGCAAAAGAUUUUUACUACUUUAGCUACAGAGAGGUAUCUCAGCACUUACAUAAGGAGUUAAUUACACAGAAUAUGUUCUUCAAUGGAGGUGACAAAUGGAAAGUUCUACGUCAAAAUUUAACGGCGCUGUUUUCAUCUGCCAAAAUGAAAAAUAUGUUUCCUUUGAUUGAAUCUUGUGCCAGCGCUUUAGAAGACGCGUUAAAUAGAGAAAUGACCAAUCAAAAUACAAUUGAGAUCAAAUCACUUUUAGCAAGAUACACCAUGGACUGUAUCGGAUCGUGUGCUUUUGGUAUAAACACCGGUACAUUAACGGCAAAGUCGUCUUCUAAUCCGUUCACUAUAAUGGGUGAAAAAUUGUUCGAUGUUACUAACUAUGGGGGAUUUCGAUUGGUCAGCCGUGCGAUGUGGCCCGCCCUCUUUUAUAGAUUAGGGUUUACUUUGUUCGAUAAUGAUAUAAUACAUUUCUUUAAUAAAAUACUUACAGAAGUCUUUGAAAGCCGCCAGUACAAGGAAUCUUCGAGAAACGAUUUCGUUGAUCUUAUUUUGGGUUGGAAGAAAAAGUCAUAUUUAAUUGGUGACAGCAUAACUAAGUUCAAUACUGGAGCUAAGACGACAAUAAGCCUGAAUGUAGAUGAUAAUUUACUGAUCGCUCAGUGCACUCUCUUCUUUGCUGCUGGAUUUGAAACGACGUCAACUACUACAAGUUUCAUACUUUACGAACUAGCAAAGAGGAAAGAUGCUCAGACUCGAGUGCUUGAAGAAAUCGACGACUAUUACCAAAGACACGAAGGCAAGAUAGAAUACGAGUGUAUCAAUGAGAUGCCGUUUGUUCAAGCGUGCAUUGACGAAACACUUCGUAUUUACCCUGUCCUGGGUGUUCUCACUCGCGAAGUAACGGAAAACUAUACUCUUCCCACAGGUCUGCUUUUAGAGAAAGGUACUCGUGUCCAUAUACCUGUAUACGAUUUGCAUCAUAACCCAGAACACUUUUCGGAUCCUGAAGAAUUUCGUCCAGAAAGGUUCUUGGGUGAUGAAAGGAAGAACAUUAAGCCGUUCACCUAUAUGCCAUUCGGUGAAGGACCUCGAAUAUGUAUAGGAUUGCGGUUCUCGAAGAUGCCGAUAGUUGCGGGUCUCCUCACAAUAUUGAAGAACUAUAGUAUUGAACUGGCUGAGGGCAUGCCUCGAACGAUCGACUUUCAACCCCGGGCACUCGUCGUGCAUGCUAUCGGAGGAAUUAAUAUUAAGUUUAUACCUCGUAAAACAUAAAUGAUGAACAAAAGAAAUAAUGAAUUUACAACUAAAUUUAAAAAGUCAAAAUUCGACCGUAAAUAUUAUUGAUAAUUAAUAGAAAACGUUAAUUAUGUUGUUUUGAUAAGACUUAAGCUUUUUUUUUUAUAAAAUAGGUAGGCGAACGAGCAUGUGGUAAGUGGUCACCAACACCCAUAGACAUUGGCACAGUAAGAAAUGUUAACCAUCGCUUACAUCGCCAAUACGCCACCAACCUUGGGAACUAAGAUGUUAUGUCCCUUGUGCCUGUAAUUACACUGGCUUACUCAUCCUUCAAACCGGAAUACAACAAUACCAAGUUCUGUUAUUCUGCGGUAGAAUAUCUGAAUAAUAGUUGCUCGUCAAUAGUUGACAACUAAUGAGAAAAAUAUACUGAACUGCGUUGUCUUUGCAUAUUAAUAUAUAGUCGAUGACCUCAAUACACACUAUUAUAAUAAACAGUUCGAAUUCUAUUAAUAGCUAGAUCACUGAUAAUUAAGUCACUUAGGUUAAAAGGUAUUUCACGUACAUAUCGCAUGUUUCAUUUGUUUUUGAUGCUGAUGUCCGAAUGACUUCGAAUCCAAAUAAUUUAAGAAUAUUUAACUAAAAGUAAAAAAAAAUCUAUUUAAUGUCUGAUUUCAAUUACCUUAGCUUUAUUAAUAAUAAUAAUAAUAAUUUAUUUAAUACAGACACAAAAACAUAAGUUGGCAUAUGGCUUAACAAACUGUUAAGCUUAUAACAUUAUAAGUAGCAUUAUUUUAAACUUACGCUUAAAUUUUCACAAUAACAUAUUCCGUUAAUACCUUACUACUAGGCCAAGGGUUUCUCUCCUCUUGAGGUGAAGACUAGGUUUAAUUCGUUUGUUUAUUCCACCUACUAUUAUUGUGGUAAUAGUAGGUACUUACUAAUGUGACAAAAUCUCUCCCAACACGUGUAGGAUACAGGAACACCCUAGGAUGAGCAUGUAGUGCUUACUCAGACUUGAACCUACUACUACUACUACUACUACGAUGAAAUUUCACGUAUUACAGCAACUAUAUCAUAGUAGUAUUUUGACUUAUAUCUAGUUCGUAAUAAAAAAAUAUUAACAAAUUUUCUGCUCACUAAAAGUUAUAAAGAAACUGAAAGAUACUUUAAUCCAACUUUUUAAUUGAUUUAACAAAUAUAUUAAAAUUUUUAUCUUAUGUAAACACACACACACGCACACACACUCACAUAUACACACACUAAUUCACACAAAAGCGAGCACGCACACCCGGCACACAAACAUUUAUAAAACUGCUUUCUUAUUGUUUCUGUUUUGAGUAGAAUUCUUUUCACUUACUUUAAGCCGUAAAUACCCAAUAUUUACAUGUAUGUAGCUCUGCGCCUACUGCUUACUCAUUCUGGGGUUUGCUAAAUUGCUAUCCUUGACACAGGUUAUCCAAAUAACCCAUGAAGGAUAGUGAGUUCCAGUCACCGAAUAAAUUAAAAGCAAAACCAAAAAUUUAUACUCGUGAUGAGAGAUAAAAUAAAAUUAUUUUUUUAAAUAGA